AUGGCUUCCUUAUACAAGACGGCGGCAGUAGUGUGCGUCGUGGCGCUCAGUGGACUCAAAUCGGAGGCGCAGCCGGUUUCUGCAGCAUAUAAAUUUACGGUUGUGAAUGUAGAUGAAGACGCCUACGUGGCUGCAAACUUGGCUCGUAAUGGAAAACUUCCUGUUCACAUCAGCGGAGUCACGAAGGACAGCAGCCUUGUAUCUACAUUGACGGAAAACGUAACAAGCGCAACCGGAGAAGCUGACGCGCCUGAGACUCCCAACUACCGAAAAUUGCUGCAGGAGGCUCUUGAGAAGGGAUUGCAAGUCUUCAACACUCAAAUAGGCUGUGUCAUUGGAAAGUGCACCAAAGAACCAGUCGACGCUAAUGUCCUAGACAACGAUACUGGAACUACAACAGAAAAAGCUGCGCUUUUCUGUAAACUACAACCUGCAGCAACGGCUAACCAGGCCGCCUUUGAUGAGGAGUACUUCAACGGACUUAUUACACGGAAAACUGCUCUAGCAGAUAUGACAGAAGACGACCUGAAGGCUUCUGUUGGAAAUGGAGCAGCAGCAGCAGCCGUCCCUACGAUCUUAAUUGCCGGUUUGCUUGCCAUGUUCGCAGCUGUCUCUGCCUAA